GAAACCUGUGACUUACUAAGGAGGAUAAUCCGUAUCAUGUACCUCAGCAAACGUCUACACAGUCAGCUACAGGGAGGGGCAAGGGAGAUAACCAAGGCAGCACAGAGCCUUAAUGAACUGGAUUACAUAUGUGAGGGAGUUGAUUUUGCUGGCGUAGAAAUUAUAGAGCAGGACCGAAGAUUUAUCAGAGGAGCGAGGAACGAUGUUGAAACACAGGCUCAGAAAAUGUUAGACCAGGGACUGGAGACUCAGAACCCAACACAGGUGGCGACCGCACUUCAAGUGUUCCACAACCUGCGGUGCCUGCACCACACAGUGGACAGGGUGGUGACAAGCUGUAAAGAGGGGCUUCACAAAAACAUCCGCAGCUGUCUCGAUAUGCAGGCCCUCAGUCAGCAGCAGUCCUCAGCCAUCGGCUCCAGAG